GGCGGCUCCGAUUUCGUUUAUGAGAACCUUCUAUUUCCUUCAGAUUUAAGUAGUGUGUCUGCAGAUUCGACUGCCAUGAUAGCGUGCAUUUUCCACAUGUGCUUGCGAAUUUUUUUGCUUUGAAGUCUCCAGAAAUUAAUGCAAAUUUAGUGUACGGGUGAAUGGCUGAUAGAGCAAUGAUGUCUCCCAAUAAUGCUCAGGAGCCACACUUUCCGCCUCUUCUAGCCAGACAAUGCUCUCUGUAUAAUCUCACCUUCGAUGAGGUUCAGAGACAACUGGGAAACAUAGGAAAACCUUUGAAUCGUAUGAAUUUGGAUGAGUUAUUAAGGAAUGUGAUAUUGGUUGAAGAGGGCAGGCUCGUGCAAAACAAUUCUUCUUCUUCCUCGUCAUCUGCUUCAUUCUUUCUUGGGAAUCUUAAUUUGAAUGGAACUUUGAGUAGGAAGACUGUCGAAGAGGUAUGGAAGGAAAUUGUUCACCGGCAGCAUGUGAAUGAGGUGGCCAACCAGUCGGUACAGCAACAACUAACACUUGGAGAAACAACACUCGAGGAGUUUCUAGUUCGUGCUGGGGUCAUUAAUCCUCCCCCAAUAAUGGCAAUUGAUCCGAUGGUAAUGGUGUCUACGCAGACGGAUUGGUUGCCAUUUCAAAUGGCGGCUGUCCAACAGCAGGAGCUGCAGAUGACAGUGCUGGAUUCAAAUUUCAAUGUUUCUGAAUCGGUGUAUGAGAACCCGGUUGUGAAUGUGGGUUUCUUGGAGAACCAACUGGCCAUGCCAGCACCAAUGCCAUCAAUAUCAUCGACAUGUUCAGAUUCUCAUCUAGCUGCCCAAAGAAAGCUCAGAUGUUCAGAUGUAAUGGAGAAGAGUAUUGAGAGGAGACAGAAGAGGAUGAUCAAGAACCGGGAGUCGGCUGCUAGGUCAAGGGCAAGGAAGCAGGCUCACACCCAACAGUUGCUGCAAGAUGUGUCUGACCUGACCGAAACAAACAACUUGCUCAAAAGGCAAAAGGCAUGUGGGAUCUCAUUAACCACACCACAUUCUAUACUCAGCUUGAGGAAUUACGCCUUAUCUUAACAACAUUGUCACCUCUUUGAUCAAUAGAUUGGCAGGAAACUCGAGAGCCAGCCAAAGCCAAAGACCUAAGGUAUCAUGCCAAUAUGAUUGCAAGAAGCUGUACAUAAUUUUCAGUAGAGAGGAUCUUCUAAAACCAGAAGCAAAUAUCUGGACUUUAGGCAACCCAUAAUUUUUUGCAAUGUGAGCAAUGCGAUUAAUCUUGGUGGAAUAGCUUGGCUGUGCUUGCCUAAGUAUCCUAGACCAUCCUAAUGGUGAUAUAUUUCAAUGUUGUUGUGGAUCUGGGUUCUAUAUUGUUGGAAGAACUCAAUGUGUGACCUUUGAAAAUAAAGCAAUCAUUUCGGGAUCGUAUAGCACCAUCAUUCCCUUUGAGACUC